AUGCCAUGGAAGCCUGCUGCUACUGCUGGCAAUGGCCACAGACCUCGAGUUUCAUCUAAAUCCAUCCGGGGCCAGAUCUCCAGCCCAAUUCCUAUACCUGAUCCGAUGGAUGAGGAAUUCCACAUGCGGGAACAGGCUGCGAUGGUGACGGGUGGUGGCGACGGCACCUCAAAUGAACCCGUCUUGGUCUUUCAAGAUGCCGCGAGCAGUAACCAGAGUCAGCAAAUGACUCGAUUUACAACCGGCUCUUCUAGCAAUAUGGAUCCGUUAAUUCAACACCAACAGUCCGAUGCUUUGGUGUCAAUCCCACCACCAGAUUCCAUCGUGACGCAGUCUUCGGGCACAAGACCUCACCAGUACACCCAUCCGUCAAACCAGGAAAACGACCGCAGAAACAGCACAGCCGGCAAGCCGCAACGCAAAAAGUCGACUCUUAAGUCAGCCUUCAGCAAGCUAUUUGGGAGGAAGAAGAAAGUCGAUGCCAAGGACAAGGGCCGCUUGGCUGGCCAGAAGGCCUCUGAGGCCACCAGCCAUUCACCUAGUAAACAACAUAGAAGCGACCCAACAUGGGAACGGUCAAACCAGAAGAGUGUCGAACCCAACCGCUCCUUCUCAAUGCCCAUUACCGAGUACGACCGCGCUCUACGGUCCCAUUCGAUUGGUCCAGAUGAUGUCUUGGCUAUUCAGAGCGCCCGUAACUCCAUGAAUACUGAUGUGAGGCUGUCUGGCAAACAUUCUGCACCGUAUGAACCUGCAACACACCCGGCUAGCCCUAGAUGGGCUGGAGGUUCAAAGCUCGCAGGACUCUCCCCCCGACCUGCCAGUUCUCAAGACCGCGGAACUCGGAUGGCUGGGCUCAGUGACGAUCCUAGUGAGAUUGGCCGUGCAGUCUCCAGUGAUGCCCGUGGCCUGAAGCGACGAUCGAGGAGUUUGUCCGUCAUGCCCAGCCUUGAACUUGCCUCUCAGGGUGUUGUUCGUCGUCGCAGUGCCGAAAUACGAUACUGGAGAGAAAGUUAUGUCGCACCAUUCAUGUCGCCUACAUCGACUACGGCAAACGACGAAAUCGAGGAUCUGCUUUCGGGUGAAGUUGAGGAAGAAGAAGAAGAAGAAGAAGAGUUGACCCCGUCCGCUCAGGACAGGGCCGCAACACCUGACGAGACUAUCCCAGUAGAUCCAGUAGAGCCGAGGGCUGAGACGCCAACGGACACUGCCAAAACGACUGAUCCCUCGGUGUCUGUUGAACGUGUUAGCUUGGACAGCAGAGUUAGUAGCCUUGAAACACGCAUGAGUCGAUUGGAGGGCAUCGUUCUCCAACUUGGACAGAGUAUUCCCGCACUACGCCAGCCGUCAAACACGCAGACUCGUUCGCCUGGAGGAGGACCACGACAAGUGCAGCUGCAGACUCCCGAACACAUCAUACACUCGAUGCAAUUACAGCCAGGCGAUUUUGGUCUUCAAGAUGAGCCACGGCAAAGUACGAGUCGACCGUCCACCCGGCAUUCUGAUGCAUCGAAGAUGACAUUUGGUGAUAUCAAUGAAGCAACUCCUCGGGCAACAAUUUUGUCACCUGCAGACGGGGAGACUCGGCCAGCCUUUUUGUCAGCACCACCACAAGGUAUAGAUGUGACACCAAAAGGUCGCCACGGAUCCGUCACGUUUGAACAUUAUACAAACUUGAUGGCCCUCCUCGAAACGGAGCGCUCAGCGAGGGAGGCAUUGGAAGCCCAGGUGAGAAGUCUGGGUCGGCAGAUUCAGUUGAUGAGCAAAAGUAUGGCCUACACCAACACAGAAAGCGAAUCCCCGUCAAUAGAUAGGUCGCUGGGCGAAGUAUCUGUUUUUGAUCAUGAUGACGAUGACGAAGGACGCCGGCGCCUAACAGCCACUAGGUUUGAGUAUAACACGCUAGGCUUGGAGGACUCCGGAAUCGCCACGGACAAUCGAUCCGAGGAUGAGUACACGGAAUCGUUUGUUACACCGGUUGAGAUGGGCAAGAGCGAUUUCGACAUGUACGGGAACGAGAAUGACCCGAUGCUGUCUAGUGGCAGGAAGUUGUCUCUGUCACAUAUAACCAUGAGACAGCCUUUGACAGCCAUGCAACAAGGUGUUACCAAGGCUGUGUAG